AUGGCGGAAAUCUUAGGGGACUUAUUAAAACAAAAAAGAGACAACUUUCGAGUAGAAUUAAGGAGAAAGGCAACUGAAGAACUCUUCAAACAAAAAAGAAGAACUUAUACGAAUAAUGUGUAAACUUAAUUGACGGAUGAAAUAAUCCAUAUUUGGUAAAUCAAUUUAGUGAACUAAAAUUACGAGGAAACCCUCAAUGAAAUAGGAUUAUAUUUAAGUAAUUCAACCGUUGAAGUAUUAGAACUCAUAUAAUAAUUAGGAUAAUUUAAAAUUAAUUAAUAGACAUGAAGUAUAUUCCUUAUUACUAAACAUUUGGUAUAAGUAGGAAUUGAACUAUCAUAUAAUUGAAUAAUUACUUAAGAUAUUCGCAAAUUUACAUUCCCAUAAUGUAUUUGAUGAUUUGAAACUAUUACAAAAUGAAUAGUUAAUGAGGAAAUUGUUUUAGUUAUUGGAAAUGACUUCAUAUCAAAAAAUUCAAUCUCUAAUCUUCUUCUUAUUAGCGAAUCUAACUGGGAAUGAUAAUGGAGUCAAAGCAAGAUAAUUGGCAGAUUAUGAAUUUUGUACUCUUCUCAAGAAAAUGUGGAUUAAUAAGCAAAUUUCCUUUGAAGUAUAAUAUAUUAGUAAAUUUUGAGAUUGAAAAUAUUAGAUAAUUCUGUUGGUUUUUAAAAAACUUUUUCUCCUAUGAUUCAAAAAAUGUUGCGGGAUUUACAUUAAGAGAAGUAUUUUGUCAUUGAUUUAUUAAGGUCAAAGAUCUUUUGCCAAUUGUAUUAGAAUGUAUUGAUUAAAAUGAUAAGGAAAUAAAAUUCUAUUCUUUAUUGACUCUCAAGUAUAUGUGCUAGGCUAAAGAAGAAAUACUUGCAGACAUUUUUAAUAAACUGAAAAUGUUCAAUAAAUUAAUUGAUAUGUAGAGGAAAAGUAAUGAUGAGGAGAUUUAAUUAAAAAUACUUGACAUUAUAGCAACUUUUGCUAUGGCAGAUGAUUAGAUUACAACUUAAUUAGUGAAUGAGUUCAAAAUCUUGGACUUCUUCUUAUAAAUCUAUCUCUAACCAGGUAGAAGCAAGUAGAUGGAAUUCAAAAAAAUAAUCUUAUGGGGAUUAAAUAAUUUAUGUUGUAAUUAAAAAUUUGAAGUAUUACAAACUAUAGUGCAGCAUGAUCUAAUCUAAUUUAUGCAAAAAGAUGAAAACGAAACAGAAAUUAUCAAAGAUGUCUUAGAAGUUAUUAUUAGCGUUUCUUAAUUAAAAAACACAGAUUUAUUAAAGUACUUUUUAAUGAGAGGAAAAGUUGCAGAUAUAGUGAUGAAUUAGUUGAAGCUCAAAACAUCAAAAAUCGUUGUGCUUAUGUGUUUGAAAAUAAUACAUAACUUUGCUUUUCAAAUUGGAAAGCAUUCACAAUAUGAUUUGAAUAUGGCGAUAGAAUUAUUUAUUUCCAAGGGCUUAGACAAACUACUUAAUUAAUUAGAAUUUGAUCCAGAUAAUGAUAUCAGUCUAUUUGCACAAAAAUUAACUGAGACUUUCCUUUAAUGA